AUGUAUUGCCAGAAGUGCCGCACGCCUCUCAAGCUUGAUGGCUCAAUAGAGUCACUAAAUCCAGCAGCUUUCGAGUUACUCUCCAACUCUACAGGAAGGACGCUGUCGGAUGGAGCUCUCUCGUCGCCGUCAUCACAUCCCGGAAACCGCGACCACUACGACCGAGCCUCAAAACACGCCGCUAAAAAUGCUACUCCGCCCGUUUACAGACGGUCCAUACCUGCCCCUCGUGGCAGUCAGCCAAACCCGGUUUCACGAGGCGAUAGCGGGAACAUGUCAUUCGUGAUGCUGACCGAAUCGCAAGUUGCGCCGCCGCCCAGCGAUGUCCCCUCGGCCACUCGGGGAAAGCAGAAUCGCACACAAGUCCAAAAGCUCGGUCAAGAGGAUGGAUCCUUCGUGGAUCAAGUGGAGAGAAUGACCCGGUUGUUCGAAAUUGUCUCUGCGCGGUCGGACAUUGACCACCCGAUUUGCGUGGAAUGUACGGAGCUACUGAUUGAAGGCUUGCAGAAGCGUUUGACGGGCUCCACGAAGGAGCGAGAUGCAUACAUCUCGUUUCUACGUGGCCUGAAUGGGUCGCUCCCGACCGCGGAGGAGCUACAGGCCGCAGAGAAGUCAUUGAAUGAAAGCCUCGAAGCGGAGCGGGUCGCCUUCGCGGAGCUACAGGCGCUAGAGAAGGAAAAGAACGCUCUAGAUGCGGAGAUUGCAGCUUUGGAGAUUGACUCGCUCCAGCUUGAUGCCGACGAGGAGAGCUUCUGGCGGUCGCGUAACGCCUUUUCACUGACGCUCAACGAGUUUCAAAAUGAGCGCGAUGCGCUUAAUAUGCGAUACGAUCACGACUCCCAGCAACUUGAGAGGUUGCAGCGAACAAAUGUUUACAAUGACGCGUUUUGCAUUGGACACGAUGGCUAUUUCGGGACUAUCAAUGGGCUCCGGCUGGGCCGCCUCGCCAAUCCCUCUGUUGACUGGCCCGAGAUCAACGCGGCGUGGGGACAGACAGCUCUUUUGCUGGCCACGAUGGCAGAGAAACUCGGUUUUCAUUUCCAGGGGUAUCGCCUGAGGGCCUUAGGGUCCAACUCACGGAUCGACAAGAUUGAGUAUCCAGUGCAGCCAUCCGGCCAGCCCAUCGAAGGAGCGGCGCCCAAAGCAACCCAACUAGACCUAUUCUCAUCGGGCGAUCUACCGCUGAACAUUCCAUGGCUCCACCGGCGCUUUGACGCAGGCAUGGUGGCGUUUCUUGAAUGUCUGCGGCAGCUGGGAAAGUUCGUCGAGAACACCCCUGCACCCGUUGCAUCGCCACGUCGGGGCCAGACGGGCGCCACAGCACCGGGACUCAAAUUACCCUACGAGAUCAAGCGAGACCGUAUAGGCGAUGCUAGCAUCAAACUGGGCUUCAAUCAGAACGAUGAAACGUGGACGCGAGCCUGCAAGUACACGCUGACUUGCUGCAAGUUCCUCCUUGCGCACGCUAGCAAUCUAGCUAGUACAGGGUCUAGCAACUCAGCUGCUGUCGCGGCUGCGGCCGUCGCAGCCGCCGAACAAGCCCGACAGACGACGGUCAGCCCCAGGAAUCGCCCUUGA